GGUCGCUGGUGAUGUGGAGGAGUAUGACAUUCGUCCGAAUGACUUGGCAACUAGGUUUGCUUCUUCGGCAAAUGAUUCUUCUACUGCAGCAGUCAUGCGAGCUGGCAGUAUUGCUGAUCGUCGUCGCUCUAGUUUGGCACAAGGCAGAUUUGGGGCAGGUCCACGAACGGGUUCGCUGGGCCUUGCUCCGAUGCGGAACGACAUGUUCAACCCGCAGACACUGGCGGCGGCGCUUGGAGUGCGACAGUCUCGUUUUGUUUCAGCAGAUAAAGCGUCUCUUGCAAGUGUGCAGGCACGUCGGACCUGCAGCCCUUAUUUCCUAAAUGUUGCUCUGGUUCUUGCGAGUUUCUUUCCCCAAGAGGAGCAACCCUAUCUGUGUCUGUCUGAUGAUCGUGUGGUGGCUGCGACUGAUUGGAUGAAAGUUCCGGAACCAACGCAACUCGCCCGUGAUCUCAUUGCGAUGGGGCCAUGGCCACAAGGAGGCAACGUCGGGUGUCACACGAACAUUGCAUUAUGCACUUCGUUUUUGUGCGGAUAUUGCUACGGAUUUUCAACACAUCCCGCUUCCAUAUGA